AUGUCACGGUACGUGUGCGAUGUUGAUAUGACUGGUGUAUCCUCCAGAGACGAGGUGUCAUUCAUUUGUUAUCGCACGUUAAUCAUUCCACAAUGUGUAGAAGGCCUCGAAUCCAAGAGUCGAGCGGAACCGGCUUCACGGAACGGCUUCAAUUCAAUCAGAAUAAAUUUUGGAAUCUGCGAGCAUUCGUACUGUUUUAGGUAUUUUACUUUGGAACUCUUCUUUUUACAGUACUUUUCUAAAUACAGUAACUUUGUUAUACUACUUUAAGUUUACAUUAUUGUACUUUAUAGUAUCUAA